AUGAAGGUGCUCUUCAACUUUGUCGUCUUCCUGAUUGCGGCGCUCGGCGUCGUCCUCGCCUCUUCUUCCGAGCCCGUUGUGACGCACAAGGUGUACUUUGACAUUGCGCACGAUGGCAAGGACGUCGGCCGCAUCACGCUCGGUCUAUUUGGAAACGACGUGCCCAAGACCGCUGAGAACUUCCGCGCCCUCGCCACGGGCGAGAAGGGUUUCGGCUACAAGGGAUCCAAAUUCCACCGUGUCAUCGCCAACUUUAUGAUCCAGGGCGGUGACUUUGAGCGCGGCGAUGGUCGGGGCGGCUACAGCAUCUACGGCGGCAAGUUCGACGACGAAAACUUCAAGCUCAAGCACACCGGGCCCGGUAUUCUGUCCAUGGCUAACGCCGGACCCAACACCAACGGCGCACAGUUCUUCAUCUGCACCGUCAAGACCAGCUGGUUGGAUAAUGUUCACGUCGUUUUCGGAAAGGUGAUCGAUGGAAUGGAUAUCGUCAAGUACAUCGAGAACGUCCCCAAGGGCUACGGCGACAAGCCGAGCAGCGACGUCAUCGUCAAGGACGCAGGUGAACUGCCUGCCGCCGGUGGCGAAGAAAAGGUGGUUCAACCAUCGUCGCCCUCUCCUGCCGCAGCCGCUGCUAGCCCCGCUGCUGCUGCAGCAAAGCCGGCCGUGGAAGCGGCGUCGUCGUCGGGCUCGCAGGGGGCGAGUGUGGGCAACAACACGGGCUCGUUCUUCUUCCUGCUGCUGCUCAUUGCUGCUGCCGCCGGCGCGUGCGGCGUGUGGAAGCUCGGCGGGAUCGAACGUACAAAGACGCACCUCACGCAGCUGGUGCAUUCGACAGCCGACCGCAUCGCGGCUGCCAUCACGCGCACGCGCUACAACGCCAUCCCCACCUCCCUCCCCCGCUAG